UCGCGUUGAAUAGAUUAGUUUCAACGGAGAAACCGAACGGUUAGUUUGCCGAUCUCAGAGAAAUAUCCAUACGUACUUACAAGAGUGACUUAUUAAAAUAUUUACUUAAAACAUCAUGAUAAAAUACGUAGUAAUCUUGUUCGCCACCUUUAUUUUGGUCCAAUCGCAGAGGCCAACUUAUGCUGGAAGUAGCAAGCCAUAUCCUGGUGUCCUUCCACAGUAUCUGGAUGAACAAGCAGCAGUAGCUAGUGCUACUACUGGAACCGUCGGAAGUCGAAUCGAUAUAAACAAUACCAAUAGGCCAGCAGUAGCAGUAGGAGCUGUAGCAUCUAAUACUCCUAUCACAACAUCAACGAUUCCUCCAGAUUUGCCAGUAGACGCUAUGGGAGACGUUGCCUUAGUAAAUCGAAUCAAAACCUGGCCGAGAGAUAAACAACCAUUUUGGUUUAUAAAUUGGCAACAAAUUCAAGAACACCGCGGUGACUCAAAAAAUAGAGCUCAACCAGUUGAGACGCAACCGAAUCAGAGACCGUUUUUCGCGGGUUAAAUAUUUCGAAUUUCGUUGCUUCGUAUUUAAUUUCAGACGACGUAUAUUGCCGUCGUUAUUUUGCUAGUCAAAUUAAAUCUUUUGUACGACUUGAUCUUGAUACAGUUACUUUAUCGACACAGGAUUAAAUAUCCAAUGAAUUUCAAUAGUCGAAGUAAAAAUACACUUCGAAUCAGUAUCAAUGUCUCUGUAUAUCAUUAUUUCAUAUAAGGAGAGAAAAGGGAGCGUUUGUAAUAUCGUUUUUAAGCUGUGUGUCUUUUACGAAGGAAUAAAAAGAUAGUAAUUAAACGU